GGGACUAAGAGCGAAAAUAAGUGGUGCCAAGUGUUCCCAAUAGAAUCAGACGUUUCUUGGGUCAAUGAAGAAUCAAUAAAAAUGCCAUCACACGGUAAUUACGAAGUAACGAGUGCAGAAGAGGGCAAAGUAGCAGAACGAGAUCAAUCUUUUCGAAGUUGUGUUAUUUCUAUGCUCAUAUUUAUUCUUUUAUCGAUAGUUUUGAUCCUCGUAAGUUUGCCUUGGAGAACAUUUCAGACGCGACAAAUUCAUCGCCCGGAAAGCGACGAGAGUUUAAUAGAAUCUGCGAAAAUCGAAGGUAAAGGAUUCUCGACUAGUUCCACAGAAGGAUCUGUCGAGAAGGAAGUGGAGGAUUUUGAACCAUAUACAACAUAUGAAACAACGGAAAUUCCUGUCGAAAGUGUCACACAAACGGAGGAAAAUGAGAUUUCUUUCGAACGAUACUCCAACAAUAGAACGAGAGAGAAUUCGCAUGAAAAGGAAAAGCAAAUCGUGGAAAACGACGCUCCUUUUGAACAAUACACCAACAAUGAAACUACAGAAAUCCCCGUGUCCAGUACAACUGAAAAAAUGUUGAUGACCACGUCCCAAGUGUCGACAGAAAUUGCAACAACUCUGGAAACUUUCUUCAGCCCUGAGACAACAACACUGCGAAUGAUUGACAGUACAACUCAGGCACAAUUUUCAAACGGAGAUCAAUCGAAUCCCGAGCACGGAACGACUUCUGUAGAAAGUGACGAAACAAGCUCGGAAAUGUUGGAAGAAUUUGUCACAAAAUUUACUACGAAAGAGAUUGAGUUAUUGAACAAAGUGCCUGAAAGUUCGACACAAAAAUCCAGAACGACCGAACUUUCCUUAGAUCAUCAAACGUCUUUGCAGAAAUUGCUCGUGGCUAGUUACUUCGGUAACGAAUCAAUGACUUCGAAACCCGAUUAUUCCAUGGAAGAAUGGUUGGACGUAGUGGAAGUGAGCACAAGAGAAAAACCAACAGAAUCGUCGACGACUUUUUCUACAAAAGUCGUUUCAUCCUCGAGACUCCAAAGUCAGACAAAUCCUGUGGCCGAAUUUGUAAUGACGACUCGAAAGAAUACAACAGAAUUCACCACUCCGAGAAACUCUAUCGAAAAAACUACUGUUCUCGUAUCCCAAGAAAUUCGCGAGGGUAAAAUCGACGCUUGUGAAACCGGAAGCUGCAAACAACUGGCGAGUAAAAUCUUGUCUUACAUGAAUCACUCCGCCGAUCCUUGUGACGAUUUUUACGAGUACGCUUGCGGUGGCUUGGAGGCGGAUCAACAAAUAAAUGAGAAAAUAUUGCUUCAUCGAGUCUACGAAAAAAUAGAGGCUCAAGCUCGCAAACCAAAGUAUUCAAAAUAUUCACAGUUUAUCGAAUACUACGACAGCUGUCUCAAGUACGAAUCCACUUAUAAUUUCGAUUACAGAAUCAACCUGGCUAAGCGUUCUCUGGAAAAAGUGGGUAAAUUCUACACGAAACCAACUUGGCCCACGGAUUAUCCGAACUUUACAGCAUUAUUUACAAACAUGUUGCUGUACAACAGUCCUCUGCUGUUCGACAUCGUGCCUGACGUGAAUGAAAAAAAUCCACAAACAUUCACUCUCAAAAUUGGGCCAGCUAUCGAUGAAAAUCCUUUCCAAUCGUUGCACGCACAAAAUCAAUGUCAAGACGAGAAAUUUAAGCUUCAGCAGGAACACGUGGAUUUGGAUCAACUUUACGAAUCCUACAAGACGUGCAAAAAAGAUCCUAAAGUAAUAGCCGUCACCGAGGCCUUGGAGAAUCUUAGAAUUUUCGAAGACCUGAAAAACCCAUGGAACGAAACUCGCCAUCUCGAAGACACCGUGACCGAUAUUUAUCACGAAAUAAUCGAAGGGAUUUUCACUUAUCUGCCGUCAGACAAUGAAAUUCGAGAGUCCUACAGAUCGAAAAGUUAUACUGUGAUGACUCUUGGCGAGCUGCAAUCGAUGACCAAACUGAUAAAUUGGGUGCACUUGAUUAAAAAAUUGACAGGAUUUGAUUUAGGACCAAAUAGUGAAUUACAAGUUUAUCACAAAGUCGAAUUAACUAGGGCUCUGCGACGCCUGGACGAAUUGGCUCGUGAACACGACCGCAGGCUCCACAACGCUUUGCUGGGUCUCUACGCACAAAAUCUUUAUCAAAACCUCGUCGCAACGAGAACUGCUAGGAAUUUUGAGAAGAAAUGCUUCGAUGUCGCAGCCCAUUUCAUGCGGAGAGAAGCUUCUUUAUUGUAUUUAUCCUCCUUCAGUUUUAGGAAAACUCAAAAUAUGAAAAACAUGAUGCAAAGUAUGUUUAACGAUUUGAAAGAAACUUUGAGGCUCGAGUUGGAAAGUUCUGAAUGGGCUGUGGAUUGGGGUCGCGAUGUGUUGCUCAAAAAGCUGGCAGACAUGAAAAUGUCGAUUCCGGAAAUAUCUUACAUAAAACGAAGUGAUGUGUACCAGCUAAACAUCACUGACAACUAUUUCGAGAAUUCUGUGGCUUUGAUGAAAAAAUACAGAUCCAAGAUUUACAGCGUGUUACGGAAGGAUCCUAGUGACCCUGAACAAAUCUGGACUUUCUUUGCGUCACCGUAUCAAUCGAAUCCUCUCACGAUUUACGCGUUGAAUCUCAUCGUUGUACCAUUUGGUGCGAUCGAUUGGCCAAUAUUAGAGGAAAAAAUGGAUUAUAUGAGUUUUGCGAUAAUUGGCAAUCUGAUAGCUCGAGAAAUCGCUCAUAAUUUCGAUACGAACGGUAAGUACUCUCUGGCCCAUUCUCGUUAUUCAUUUUCAAACGGUUACUUUUCAAUAUUUUUUUCGCUGUUUUUGCUUCAAGGUAUUCGCUACUGGAACGGUUCCCGCGAUUCUGAAUUCGCUCUCAUGACUGACAGCGAUAUAACGAAAUCGAAUUACGAAGAUUACUUGAACUGUCAGAAAUUUUCGAUUUAUCAAGAACCCGUGGAAAUGACGGUUCCUCUUACGGGACAACAAUUAACAUUCAGAGUCCCAUCAUUGACGUUGAACGAGAGGUUGUCUGACGCUGUGGGAGUGAGACUUGCUUACGAUACUUUGGUUCGUUUGGGCAAAGGUAUUUCGGAAAAACGAUUGCCGUGGUUAGACUUGGACGUCAGUCAGCUUUACUAUCUCGUAUAUGCACAGACUCAUUGCACAAAGGAACCGCUCGCAUCGUCAUACGUAGCACUGAAUGAAAAUCCGUUGAUGCCAAGCAGAAUGCGAAUUUUCGUGGCUGCUUCUAACGAUAAAAAACUCGGGGAAUCCUGGAAAUGUCCCGAAGGCUCUCAAUUGCUUCCAACUUUUACGUGCGGAGUAUUCCCUCAUUUGGAGUAUCGAGGAAUUGUGCCUGACGCUGCCUAAUCCUCGAGGAUUAUUCGUCAGUUUGAUAUCACUUCAUCGAUCAUGCGUAGACGUUGAAACAAGCGUUAAUGACCAACUGGAAACACGCUUUCUUGCAUUUUUCUCCUUCACCGUAUUCCCAUUUUUCUCUCCUUAUAGUUCGACUCUUCAUGUACCACGCUCCGUACAUUUUAUCACAUGUCAUAUUCGACUAGAAAGUUUUAUUUUUUCCUUCUGCUCCACUCUCAUGGCCUCUUACUGAUUCUUCUUAUUCGUUAUCGCGAUUGCGGAGUUGUCUCAUAUCUCUUUCUUCCCCAAUUCAUCCAGAAAUGCUUCAUGCUCAGCCAGGUGCUCUGCACACAUUGAAAAACAAAAGAAAAAUAUUGAAAUCCAUGACCUCGGGGACGAGGGAUCGAACGGCUGAAGUUUGCAGCAUCGUCGAAAGGUGACAAAAUUUUCGUUUUUCUGUUUAUCGGAGCACUAUAUUUAUUUACAGGGUUUGAAAAAUUUGGAGAAACUUCAAAUUCUGAAAAACUAUUUUGGAAAUUCAAACGGUCAUCAAAUUUUUUCAUUACCUCAAAGCUUCUGGACAACAGAUUUUCGAAUUACCAUCACAAUACUACGGAAUACGAAGAAAAUGGUUUCAAAAAAAGAACGAGUCAACGCCACUAACCACUAAGUAUUAUAAAACAUGAUACUACAUUCGUCAAAUUGAGAAAUUUCCUUAUUAUGGAUCGAGAUAUGUCACUUCAGCAUAACUUUGGUUCUUAGCGAUUGAAUCAAAAUACAACAAUUCAUAUUGGGUUCUCGUGUCAACAUGAUUGGUAGACGGUUUUUUACAUGGGAAUGUUGUCCACCCAUAAAAAUUGCGUAGCGUCUAAAUGGCGUGUAAAAACUUUCAAGCAUUAUUAUUGUUAGUGAAAAUAAAUGUUUCGAAAGCCUGAA